ACUGAGAAGGCACAGUGGAAACAUCUCUGCCCAACGCUCUAGCAAACAUUCACCAGGCGUUUGAAAUCUUCCCAGGGUGAGUAAAAGCUUCAGCAUCCAUCAGGGACACAGCCACAGGCAAGCAUUCAGCUAUUGUAUGUGCUACCUCCUAGUGUGCUUGUGUUUUUCAAGUAAGCAUGUUCUGAAAAAUAAAAAUCCUUCCUACAUCUGGUUGCAAGUAGAUCUGCUUCAUAAAGGCGUGCUACCUUUUCCGGGUUUUCCUUUACCUCACGGUAGGAAGAGUGGAGGUCAAGGUUUGCCACACCCUGCUGCCCACAGCACCAGGAAGAAUUAACGACCUGCAGGGCGACACUUGAGCAGGGCAAACACUCGCCAACAUGGGACUCCAGUCUGGGUCACGCUGGAAGGACGCUCAUUGUGCCAGCCUGCUGUCCCUUUGAGUUGUUUUCCAGCAGAUUUAAUGUGCUGCUCAUUUUUGGCUCAGUUAUCAAGCUGCAGGUUCUGGAAGUUCCAGAGAGCCGUUCGGACUGAAGACAUCAUAGAGAUGCAGUUGUGGCAGUGAUAAAUUAUUGUAAUCUUCUUGCUCAUUUAUGGUUAUGAAUAUAAAGCAUAAAUGCAGAUUUGUCACUGUUCUUCCGUGGAGGAUGCUGUAUAGAAUAAGGAAAGCGUUGGCGUCUUAUCGAAGGCACGCAGUUCAGUUUACGCCAUUCUGUUUAACUGCCCCCUCCCUUUCCCCCCCCCCCAGGAAGUCAUGCUUUCCGCAUAAUGUCAGCUGACGUUGCAAUUCAGAAGUUUGCGUUUCCUUUCACCCGUGCUGUAAAGCUUUCUGCAGAGGGGAAGGCGACAUGCACACAGGUGAAAUCCUCAGAGCUUUGUGAACCCAAAGAAAGUCCAACUGUAAACAAACCCAGCCAUGCCACUGGUUCAAGUGCACUUGUGCACGAGGAUACCCAAAAGCAAGGCAGCACAAAGCUUCUGCCCGAGGCGGACGUGGCUGGAGGCCUGGUCUCGAUCUGUGAUGAUGCUGCUCAGUGCGCAGUGGUUUCCAGCCAGAGCAUGUGCAUGAGCGUCAAAGAGGAGAGUGAAGACCAGCGUCCAGCAGCAAAGAGGCAGCUGUCGUCUGAGAGUGCAGCAAGGACCGUCACCACGGUGAAGAAGAGCGCUGUGAGGCAGGACCAGGAGGUGGAUCAGCCAAGACAGGCGCGUUCGAGAAUCCAACUGGCUCCAUCUGCCGCCGUGGACGGCAAAAGGAAGCGCAGAAAGGAUCUCUUCAGCAGCUCAGAGGUCUUCCACAGGAUCGACUCACGUGUCAUCAGAACAGGAUUGGAGCUGAAAGAACGGCACGUGUAUGAUGUGAAAACAAUCGUGCACAGCAUCACACGUGAAAGCAGAAAUGAGCUGGACAGACUACGCGCCAUCUGGGUCUGGCUGUGCCACAACAUCGAGUACGACGUGAGCGGCUAUCUCGGCCGCUCUGAGAAGCUGAGCUCCCUGGAGGAGGUGAUUGCUGCAGGACGAGGCGUUUGCUGCAGCUACUCCAGUCUCUGCUUGGAGAUGUGCAGAGAAGUGGGCAUCGAGUGCCAAGAAGUGCCAGGACACAGUAAAGGUGUCGGGUACCGUCAAGGCCAGAGCCUCCGGCACGUUAACUCGGAUCACCUGUGGAACGCUGUGUUGCUGGGAGGACAGUGGUUCCUCCUGGAUGCCUGCUGGGGGGCUGGAAGAGUAGAUAUGGAACAUGAAAGCUUUGUCAGAAGGUUUGAUGAUUUUUACUUCCUGACGGAUCCAGAGGAAUUCAUAGAGUCCCAUUUCCCGGAGGAGGAGAAGUGGCAGCUUCUGGACACGCCCAUCAUUCUGGAGGACUUUGAGAAGAGGGUCUUUAAGACAUCAGCCUUCUUCACAUUGGGGCUAAGACUGAUAAAUCCUCAUCACUUUCACAUUGUUACAGAUGAUGGUGAGGCAAACGUGUCCAUCGGGUUCUCCUCGCCAACAACCUUUACCUAUGAGAUCACGCAGCACAGGGACCUCCUCCACUGUGGAGCUUUGGAACAGAAAGAGUCAAGUAGCUCCUCCUUUGGCAUUCUAACAGUCUCCCAUCGGAGCAUGAACCUGCAGCUCCUGCCACCUGCAACUGGAAGCUAUGACUGCAAGGUCUUUGCAAGGCAUGAAAAAGCGAGCACGCCUCUGGUGUGGGUUUGCUCCUUCACAGUGGAGUGUCUAGCCCCAAGAGCCAUGGAGGUUAUCCCAGAGAACCCCUACCUGUCUUGGGGAAUGCAGCCCGUUGCAGCCUCACUGGGUGUAGCGGACUGCAGCCAGAGCAGGGAGGUUGCUGAGGUGGAUAAAGGUGUCUUUGACCUGGUGCUGAAGACCUCACGGCCUCUGAUGGUGCUUUGUGAACUGGUCCACCCACAGAUGGAAGCUGCUCUUGCCAAGCGCUGCCUGGCAACACAGAUCCAACCGGACAUUCUUCUCUGCCACGUCUUGUGCCCCUUUCCUGGUUUCUACCGGCUCUCAGUGUUUGUUCGGGACUAUGAGAAGUCAGAGCUGAAGUUCCAGAAUGCUGCAAACUUCCUGUUGCAUUGCAAAGGGAAGGUUUUCCACGUGGAUGAGCUGUUUCCCCCUAACCUGGGCUCAGCAUGUGGGCCUGGGACCCGAACUGCUCAGGCAGGGCUGUCCAAAUUCAGCCAUAAUGCUUCUGUGGUGAGCACCCAGCAAGGGAAGUGUAACAUCACCUUCCACAACCAGAGGGACCUUGAGCUUCACUGCACCCUCAGCAGAGACGAGAGCAAAGCACCAGCUGUUCCGCUCUCUCGUCACCUGCUGUGCACGUACACGGACACCAAGGUGACGGUGAGCAUCAGCCUGCCGGAGGUUGGCGUGUACCGGCUGGGGCUCUAUGCUCGCGUCGGUCCCGGUGGAGAGUUCAGCCCCAUGUGUGACUUUGUUUUGAGGAACAGCUGUGCUCUGCCGGGCCCGCCAUUCCCCUGCCUCUAUUCGGCGUGGAGGAAAGGCUGCGUCCUUUUCGAGCCUCGCGCAGGCCUGCUCGACCCGCUCUCCAGGGUCCAUUUCAGGGUGCGAGUUCCCGGAGCCCUGAGGGUAAGUGUGGUGGGAGAGACAAGAACUGAUCUGACACUGAACAAAAGCAGAGUCUGGGAGGGGGAGGUUUUCACUGGAGAUGCCCUCCAGCAGUUGAAACUGGCAGCCUGUUUCAGAGAGUCUGACGAUAUGGCUGUUUUGAUGACUUUUGACACAAAGCAGCUGGAGAGCAAAGACUGAAAUCAAACAGUGACUUCAUGAAAGCUGCUGAUAAGGACAGAUACACGUCAGUCUGUGCUUUAGAGUUUCUGCUAAGAACUUAAACGGUUACGUAAGGUGUUUCAGGUUUAUUUCAUUUAACUCAACAAAGGCAGAGCCGUGUUGAUGCAAACUGAGUGAAAGAAAUUACUUAAAUUUAAGGUGUUUGUCAACUGCGAUCCAGCUUCUUCUGGGUACAAAAAAGACUUUUUGGCUCUGGUGCUAAUGUGGAUCAUAAGUGCAAAUGUGCAAAAUGUCAAGAUAAGAAAACAUGCAUUUUAAGUGUAUGUUGUUAAAAGGUGUACAAUAAUAAAAAUACUAUGAAGCCAGA